AUGGCGGCGUCCGACUCCGACGGCGACGGCCACCGCCGUUUCGACGUGAUCGUGGUGGGAGCGGGCAUCAUGGGCAGCUGCGCGGCGGCCUCCCGCGGCGCGCGCGUGCUGCUGCUGGAGCGUUUCGACCGCCUCCACGUCCGCGGCUCCUCGCACGGCGAGUCCCGCGGCACCCGCUCCACCUACGCGAAGGCGUACUACACGCCCAUGCUGCGCCUGGAGCGCCGCCUCUGGGACGAGGCCCAGGCCGAGGCGGGGGACGGGGACCGCGUGCUCACGCCCACGCCGCACCUCGAUGUGGGCCCGCGGGACGACCCGUCGCUCCUCGCCGCCGUCAGGAACGGCGGCGCCAGCUCCAUUGAGGUCGUCGAGGGCUCGGCCUGGCCAGGGGCUGACGUGUUCAGGGUGCCCGACGGGUGGAUGGCGGCGGCGAGCGAGCUCGGCGGGGUGAUACAGGCGACCAAGGCGCCGUCGUGA